AUGAAGAUCACAGUACUCUAACGUGCCUGUGUUUCGGUAGAAUAACUCUUUCAAACACCCUGAAAUGUUUUGGCUUAUAUGUUUAUGUGAAGAGAUUUGUUUUUAACUUAAUAAGCUGUUUCACUACGAUGCCUGUCUUGUGAAUAUUCCGUAACUUUAAGAGUGUUUGACACAGACACAACAUGGAUGAGAAUGUAACCCCUGGCAGAAAAGGAAACCUGACUGGAAGUGCAAGGAAGCUGAAGGACAAUGCUGCUGACUGGCACAACUUUAGCUUGAAGUGGGAGCGACUGAACGAUGAAGGAUCUGCCCAUGCAACGAAAAUAGUCAACCUGGUGUUAACCAAAGAGCCAGUGAAGGAGACCAGUCUGAUGUCAGGGGAUGAGUCGACCCAGUCAGGCCCGGGGCAUACUGGAGCCGGCCCACAGUCAUCUCGCCCUGAACUCCACAGAGACCUUGAAGAGGAGUGCACCAAACUGCAGGACAUUGUGGAGAAAAUGGCACACAUGGUGUCAAAAAUGGAAAAAAUGGCCUCGUCUGAGAACGGCAUCUGCGAGCUGGAGGCCUUUCAGUUUGGAGAUAAAGGAAGGGACGCUCCCCUCUUUCUUACAUGGCCCACCUCUCAGUUUGCGGAGGUGUCCAGCCGGUUGCUGAGCUGCUACAGGCAGGAGUUGGCCCUGAAGCAGCUCCUGCUGGGCCUGCUGGCCCACACCCCAGACCCACAGCUCUCCAUGGUCUACCUCUCGGCCUGGCUCUACCAGCCCUACAUAGACGACCAGGCCAAACUGCUGCUGGAGGGUCUGCUCCUUGAAACAGGCCACCGGACUUAGGAGAAAGAGGAAAAAAAAGCGACGCCACGUCAGUUAACAUAUGUGGCGGAUAACUCUUGGGCUGGCUGAACGAGACUCUCUCUCUCGUAGACGACCAGGUCAAACUGCUGCUGGAGGGUCUGCUCCUCGAAACAGGCCAACGGACUUAGGAGAAAAAAAAUCCAUCCCCAACACGCUACGUCAGUUAAUGUAUGUGGCGGAUAACUGUCUUGGGCUGGCUGAACGAGACUCUCGUAGACGACCAGGUCAAACUGCCGUGGGUGGCGUGCUCCUCCUCGAAACAGCCCAUGGGCCGCACCAGCUUUCAAACGCCCAAUAUCUUCAACGAGAAUCAGCUGCUGUGGCUUGGACACUAUGUAUGAUCCAACUAGUGGUCUCUAUCUGUAUGGUAACUGUACAAUGCCAUGCCAUGUGAGUGACUGACAGUUAAGGAGUUUUGGUGAAAGAUCGCACCUCCAACGGCAGGUUAGGACUUGCUUGUUGCACACAGCAUAAGAGGACGAGAGGCGUUACGUCAUCGUGAGACUUCAUGUACUGUAGUCCUAUCGAAUGGUACCAUUUACAAAUGCAUCAGAUGUCUUUGCUGUCUUAUUACAUUCUUAUUUGCUUGACAAGGAAUCAUUGUUGCUUUGUCACAUAACACUACUAGUUGUCAAUGUGGGGCACACAAAGACACACACGCCAUUGAGUUUCUGGAGACAAUGUUUAAUUUUCCCCUUCAACAUUAUGUCCCACUUGAUAUUUUUCAAACAUAUUAUGAUUGAAAAGAAAACAAAAACACAUGACAGUGGAAUAUUUAUAUUAAAAAAGUAAUAAAAUAGUGCAACAACUUCAAAGACUGCCUUCAAACGGGACACUUAUCUACAUAUAAACAGGUCACAGACAACUGUAGUCAACAAAGAGCUACAAAUCUAUACAAAGGAACAGAAACACAGAA